AUGGUUAUGGCUAUGGCUAUGGGUUCAGAGAAAGUACUAUUACUCGACGUUGCUUCCAAUAUCAAUCGCGUCCCUUCUAACUACAUCAGACCAAUCACCGACCGUCCAAAUCUUGAUAAGGUCGGCUCAAUUGAUGCCUCUAUUCCUCUCGUUGAUCUCCAUGAUGUUACCGGUUCCAAUGACGUUUCUCAACAAAUAGGCCGAGCUUGCGAAGACUACGGUUUCUUCCAGGUGAAAAACCAUGGAAUACCAGUUGAAGUGAUCCACAAAAUGAUGCAGGUUUCGAGGGAAUUCUUCAGUAUGCCACAAAGUGAAAGAUUGAAAAGUUAUUCGGACGAUCCUUCCAAGACUACCAGACUGUCAACCAGUUUCAAUGUUAAGACCGAAAAGGUAUCGAACUGGAGGGACUUCUUGAGACUCCACUGUUAUCCUCUCGAGGACUAUUUGCACGAAUGGCCUUCCUCUCCAACAUCUUUCAGGGAUGAUGUGGCUGAAUUUUGUAAACCCGUUAGAGAAGUAGCCCUGAGAUUACUCGAAGCCAUAUCCAAGAGUUUGGGAUUGGAACGAGAUUACAUAAAUCGCGCUAUAGGCCAGCAUGGGCAACACGUGGCGUUGAAUUACUAUCCACGAUGUCCUCAACCAGAGUUAACUUACGGUCUACCAGGCCAUGCCGACCCAAAUGUAAUCACAAUCCUUCUACAAGACGACGUCCCCGGAUUGCAAGUUCUCAACAAUGGCAAAUGGCUUGCUGUAAAUCCCAUUCCGCACACGUUCAUUGUUAACAUUGGGGAUCAAAUACAAGUACUAAGCAAUGAUCGUUACAAAAGUGUGCUUCACAGGGCAGUUGUGAAUAGUUACAUGGAGAGAAUUUCGAUUCCGACAUUCUAUUGCCCGUCCCCCGAAGCCUUAAUUGCGCCAGCCUCGGAAUUGAUUGAUGAAGAUCAUCCAUGUCUAUACACAAGCUUUACUUAUGGCGAAUACUACCAGAAAUUUUGGAACAGAGGGCUAGCUAAAGAAACCUGUUUGGACUUGUUCCGAACGAGCCAUUAUAUUUAA